AUGCACGUCAUACUCCAUAUUAUCCUAACCAUAUUCACCCUCGGUACCAAUGUCCAGUCCUCUCCAGCGGCCGCCAACAUCCUCCCUGCCACCAAUGGCGAGGUUGACGUCGCAGCCUACGCCUCCUCGGUGGAAGAGACCGUAGCCAGGAGCCAGAUGAGUGAUGCGGCGGGCCUACAAGCCACGAACGACCUCACGCUGUCAACAGCCGACGACAAGCCCACUUGGUCCCUAUGGUGCCCGAAGAACAACUGGGUUUACUACUACAACUGGACGCCCCUGGUAAACUUCAUCUGUGAGCAGUAUGGCGAUUCCUUGGAGAAUGGCUUCAACGCUUUGAUACCCGAAUCCAACUACAUGGUGGACAGAGCCAAGUCCGUCACCCUUGGAUGGAGCCCGAUAGAGGGAGGCACCUGCAAAGGGACCUGUAAACAGGUCUUCAACACCAUGCGCACCUCGAGUGGCUGCAAGGCCGAAGAGUUCUGGAUGAAGGAGAUGAUCAACCUGACAUACGACGGGUGCGGAACGGCGUCCUGGAAAUACCAGUAUCAAGACGUGGCGCCGCUGAAGCACGACUCGGGGCUCUGCUGGGUGGAGAAGGACGAGGUCAAGACGUUUGAGCCGAAGGACGGCGUCUUUGAACGGUUCUGCUACGAGGCGCUCUACGACAUCAGGACAAAGGGGAGCAUGCGGUUCAUGGACGCCACCCAGCGGAUCGGGUACUACUGGACGGACUACAACCGGCGGGUGGCGUACCCGUCCAACGCGUCGAGGUACUACGACGUCGGCAUGGUCCACAUCUGGAUCAAGGCGCCGCAGAACGUCAUCCCCUGCCCGACCAAGGGCAGGUACGGCGACGACAUGAUCGAAGACGAGGUGAACGGGCUCACCGAAGAGCUGUGCGUGAAGCACCUCACCACGCUCCAGAACAUGGACUGCGCACAGCCAAUGGGAACAAGCCAGGGCGGGCGGUACUGGGCUGAUUGCUUCGAGUGGGGGAUCGAGGCGAGCGGAUACAAUGCCAGGAAGAUGUCCGGUUGA